UGAGUUCUUGUUUGGAUUCCUAUUGUCACCCAGUGAACCUGCAUGCUGACCAGCGCAGAUUUAACCUGCAUAGACAGUUGUCUGAUAUAGCGAGGAUCUCUGGUUGAUACUUAUCAAGUGGUAUUUCACGCGCUGAUGGUACCUGCUGACCAGUGACGCGUGCCAGAGGAAACCCACUACCCCAUUCCCCCUUUACCAUGUCCGGUUUACAGGCCGCUUGGCCUCCUGGCACAGAAUGUAUAGCCAAGUACAACUUCCAGGGCACAACGGAGCAAGACCUGCCCUUCUGCAAGGGAGACGUGCUCACUAUCAUCGGAGUGACCAGGGACCCAAACUGGUAUAAAGCCAAGAAUACCGUGGGGCGAGAGGGCACGAUUCCCGCCAACUACGUGCAGAAGAGGGAGGGUGUAAAAUCAGGCGGGAAACUGAGUCUGAUGCCAUGGUUCCAUGGGAAGAUCACGCGGGAGCAGGCGGAGCGGCUGCUCUACCCUCCGGAGACGGGCCUGUUCCUGGUGCGUGAGAGCACCAACUACCCUGGAGACUACACCCUGUGUGUCAGCUGCGAGGGCAAGGUGGAGCACUACAGAAUCAUCUACCAUGCCGGCAAGCUCUCCAUCGACGAGGAGGAGUACUUCGAGAACCUCAUGCAGCUUGUGGAGCAUUACACCAAAGACGCUGACGGGCUGUGUACACGUCUCAUUAAGCCAAAGCUCAUGGAGGGAACAGUGGCCGCCCAAGACGAGUUCUCCAGGAGCGGCUGGGCACUGAGUAGGAAGGAACUCAAACUCCUACAGACCAUUGGGAAAGGAGAGUUUGGAGAUGUGAUGGUGGGCGAGUACAGAGGGACCAAAGUGGCAGUGAAGUGCAUUAAACACGAUGCCACGGCUCAGGCCUUCCUGGCAGAGGCUUCUGUAAUGACGCAGCUGAGACAUAAUAACCUGGUGCAGCUGCUGGGAGUCAUAGUGGAGGAGCGAGGCAGUCUCUUCAUUGUCACUGAGUACAUGUCGAAGGGAAGUUUGGUGGACUACCUGCGCUCUCGAGGGCGCACCGUGCUGGGCGGAGAGUGCCUGCUCAAAUUCUCACUUGAUGUUUGUGAAGCCAUGGAAUAUCUGGAAGCCAACAACUUCGUGCACAGGGACCUCGCGGCCCGGAACGUCCUGGUUUCCGAGGACAACAUCGCCAAAGUCAGCGACUUCGGCCUGACGAAGGAGGCGUCCUCCACGCAGGACACGGCCAAGCUGCCCGUCAAGUGGACGGCGCCCGAGGCCCUGAGAGAGAAGAGGUUUUCCACUAAAUCAGACGUGUGGAGCUACGGGGUUCUCCUGUGGGAGAUUUAUUCCUUUGGCCGUGUGCCUUACCCCAGAAUCCCGCUGAAGGAGGUGGUUCCGCGGGUGGAGAAGGGCUAUAAGAUGGAUGCUCCAGACAGCUGUCCUCCUGUGGUGUAUGACCUGAUGAAGCAGUGCUGGACCCUGGACCCGGUCAUGAGGCCGUCUUUCCGCAUGCUGAGGGAGAAACUGCAACAUAUCAAAGCCAAGGAACUUUACCUGUGAUCCCAGGCCACGGCUCCAGCCAGCAGCCGGAGCCAGGAGGGGCGGGGCAGGGU